GAUCUGCAUAUCAUUCGCUAUCAGCAGCUCAAGAAGUAAACUUACAGGAAUGGAAGGUCCUCUGUCGUUUCUCAAAGUGGAUCCUGCUUGCCUCAUUCUCAUUGUUUUAGGUAUUUCGCUGGUGGAUUUCGUGGUCAACAAUUGGUCCAGUCCAAAGGAAGAUAAAUCCUGCCGCCCGUCAAGCACUGCGUUUUCUGCCAAGAAGAACAAAAAGUGCGAGAAUGAGACUCCAUUGGUCAGAAAUCUGGGAUUGCGACAUCGUGCUAAACUUCUGGCUAGCGUUAAACGGCGACUCGAUCAUCAAUUUUAAGAAAACCAAAUUGUAGAUAUAAUAUAUA